AUGCUAACCAUGCGCCUCCCGCUCUCCCACCACCUCGCCUUCGUCUCGCGCGUCAACAAUGCCAUAUGCAUGCAACUAUCUGCACUCAAGUCCCACAACCCGGCAUACGCGGCUUUGGAACAGGACAUCGUAUUUCGGGAUAACUUCCCUUCAGUCCACGAGCCGGGCAUCGGGGCUACGAUGCGGCUUGACGCGUGCUGCUACCUGGUCCAGGAACCCGUGAUCCCCGUCGCGCUGGCGGUGGCCGAGGCGGGCAACUACAAGCAGUUGGAGGAUUUUCUUUGUCGUGUGUUCAAAAAGGAUGCAAAGGUCAGGAUGCUGGUCGUAUUUCAGUUUCAGAAGCCAGAGGAGGGUAUGGGCGCGAUGGUGGAACAGUACUUGCGGGUUGAAAAGACAACCGAAUCAGACCAUGGAGAGCCAACGUUAGCGGAAAGCGUCAUGGUGUUUCGGAACCUAGAUGGGACAUUUCCGCCGUGGAAUGGCAGAGGGAAAGGUCAAGCGCUUACUCUGCCAAUGCCACUGUUCCGCGGCACGAAUGAUCCGAAGGAGCUUUUCCCGGGCUGGGAAGAAGAAAUCUCGAUCUCACUUUGCCAGAUUUACCAGAUGCUGUACGAGGAGGAAUUCAAGCUGAAGUUUUUGAAUGUCGAGCAAGGGGAGCUGCAGAGUAGCUGGGAGGUUUUGGAGGCAGAGCCCGUUGAGAAUCAGAAGAGCAAGGUCACUUCACCGUAA